UUGUGGGGAAAUAAAGCUCAGUUGCUCCUGAGGUAGUAGGUAGCUGGAGGAGAAGGUGGCAGCAGACGACAGGAUUUGGAGUCUUAUUUCCUGAUAUUUGGACAUCUUGCCUCUGAUUGGCUAACAGCAACGCAACUCUACCACUGACUCUGUUCCCUCUGCAACGUUGAUGUUUUACCUCCACAAAUAACACAAGCCUGAAGGAGUUCUGCUGUGUGGUGGAGUUGCUAAUGCUAACAGUUAGCUUCUACUAGCCGAGAUGUUCUCUGCUGUUUCCAGGAUGCUGAACAAAAAACGGCCUUCCCCAUUGUGAGUCUAGACAGCGGCAGGCUCACUGACUGACUGCAGAGAGAUGAAAGAGAAGAACCCCUGGCACACGCCUGUGACCAUCAGCAUCACUGUGAUUGGUGUCAUAGCGAUUGUUGCCUUGGUGACGGUUGCAGUUUUGCAGAACAAGCCUGUCCCCCAAAAGUACAAGUAUGGGAUUGUGCUGGAUGCUGGCUCUUCUCACACAGCUCUUUACAUUUAUAAAUGGCCAGCAGAGAAGGAUAACAACACUGGAAGAGUGGAACAGGAACAUUCCUGCAAAGUAAAAGGUAAAGGUAUUUCCAGCUAUGCAGAGACACCCUGGCAGGCAGGAGAGUCUCUGACAGAAUGCAUGGAAGAUGCUGUGAAGCAGGUUCCUACAAAACGGCACUUUGAGACCCCUCUAUACCUGGGAGCCACUGCUGGAAUGAGAUUGCUUCAUAUGGAGAACAGUGUGGCAUCAGACAAGGUUUUCCAGGCUGUGGAGAAAUCCCUGCAAAAAUUCCCCUUUUCCUAUCAGGGAGCAAGAAUGCUCAGCGGGCAGGAGGAAGGCGCCUUUGGCUGGGUCACGGUCAACUACUUGGACGAUCGCCUCAAACAGGGUCUAGAAACAACGGGUGCCCUUGACCUUGGUGGAGCUUCAACCCAAAUUAGCUUUGUACCUAAAAAUUACAUCAUUUCAGAGUCACCCAGCAACUCUGUGACCUUCAGACUCUAUGGAAAUGACUAUAACUUGUAUACUCACAGCUUCCUGUGCUAUGGGAAGGACCAAGUGCUACGACUGGCACUAGCACACCAGACUAAGUCAGGUCCAGGAGAAAUAGCAGAUCCAUGUUUCCACCCGGGCUACUCAGAGUCCAAGAACUACUCAGUCCUCUAUGACAGUCCCUGUGUGUCUGAUAGGAAACCACAGGGUGCUCCUGUAACCUUCCAUCACAAAGGGGAAGGAAACUUCCAACAAUGCCAGGAAGUUGUAAAAAAUGUCUUUAACUUUACUUCCUGCAAAUACAGCAGAUGCUCUUUCAACGGAGUCUUCCAGCCACCUCUGCACGGACAAUUUGGGGCUUUCUCUGCUUACUACUAUGUGAUGGACUUCCUCAACCUCACAGAUACAUCCGUCCCUUUAACAACUGUGAAGGACAAGCUAGCAAAGCACUGUGCUACUCCUUGGAACCAGAUAAUACAACAGCAUCCAGAGAUACAUGUGAAAUAUCUGGCUGAGUAUUGCUUCUCUGGAGCGUACAUUCUCACGUUGCUGACAGAAGGAUACAACUUCACCUCAGAGAGCUACUCCAGCAUUAAAUUCAUCAAGAAGAUAAAAGGCAGCGAUGCAGGCUGGACGCUGGGCUACAUGUUGAACUUGACCAACAUGAUUCCUGCAGAAGCUCCGGACUCACCCCCUCUGCCACACGCUGGCUAUGUUUCUAUAGUUACUGUCAUUGCAUUGCUAAUCUUCACCCUCUUCAUCAUCUUCCUCUGCCGUUUCCGGCCCAGUUCCAGCAAGCAACCACAGAUCGUAUAAACAGAUAUCUCUAUAUUUGACUCGUGUGUGAAGGAGGUUGUGUCUGUGAAGGUUUGUGUGUGUCAACAUGGUGUUCUCUCCCCAUUUGUGUAUAGGUCAAAGGUCAGUUCAAGCUAAAGAAUAAACACCUUUACUCAGUGGAGAGUGAGACCAGCAUCUCUGGUUGAAGGAUUUUUGAAUGUAUGUAUGUGUGUGUGCUUGAACUUCAGUGUGUGAAUGCCUGAGUGUGUGUGUAUGUGUGUGAAUCCACAUGUAUGUGUUUAUAAUUAUGUAACAGUAAAAAUAAAACAUGUUUAUAUAAA